UAUAUACCAGAAAGUUGGUAGUUGACCAUAGUUCAUCUACUUGUCCUCUUCUCCCUUCCGGUUUGUUCUUUGAGGUGGCUGUGUCUUGUUUAGUUUUAGCUGCAAAUUAAUCUUUCUCCAUCUUCCAAAAUGAGAAUCUACAAAGAUAUUUUUACUGGUGAUGAGAUGUUCUCAGAUACAUAUAAGGUCAAACUUAUAGAUGAUGUUUUAUAUGAAGUAUAUGGCAAGUUAGUGACCAGAAAGUCCGGAGAUAUAGAAAUUGCUGGCUUCAAUCCGUCUGCCGAAGAAGCAGAGGAAUGUACAGACGAAGCUGUUGAAUCUGGUGUUGAUAUUGUGUUAAAUCAUCGUCUCCAAGAAACGUUUGCUUUUGGAGAUAAAAAAUCUUAUACUUUGUAUCUUAAAGAUUACAUGAAAAAAUUAGUGGCAAAAUUGGAAGAAAAAUCACCUGAUCAGGUUGAAGUUUUUAAAACAAAUAUGAAUAAAGUUAUGAAAGACAUAUUAGGUCGAUUCAAGGAAUUACAAUUUUUCACUGGUGAAUCAAUGGACAUAGAUGGUCUUGUUGGUUUAAUGGAAUAUCGAGAAAUUGAUGGUGAAUCUGUGCCUGUAAUGAUGUUCUUUAAACAUGGACUUGAUGAAGAAAAAUUCUAAAUAAUUCUUAGAUAUUCAACAAAUUGUGGUAAAAUUUUAUAAACUGGAAUUAAGACUGCACACAAAUUAAGAAAAAAUAAAUGAAUAUAUAUAUAUAUAUAUAUAUAUAUAUAUAUAUAUAUAUAUAUAUAUAUAAACUGUGAGAUUUAGUUACAGAUAUGUACUGAAAGAUAUUACUUCCAAGGGCAAUAAUUUAACAGUGCAGUUGAAUUAUUUCUUCUAUAAUGUAAAAUGUGUAUUCACAGGAAAACCAGUUGUAUAUAAUCUACAACAGGAGUGUAGA